AAGUGCUACGUUAACCGGAAACGAAAUAAAACAGCUACACAGGAUUUUAUUACAUAGUAUAUCUUGUUAUACUUUUCUAUUAAUAAAUUAGAUAUAAAAACAAUGCAAACUACACUAAUAAAAAAAUAUGAUGACGAUAUACAGAUAUACAGUUUUUUGCAAUUUUCAGUUCCUCCUUCUCAUCUCCCCUCCCCCUCACACUCCUCCUCUCCCCUCCAUCUCCACCUCCUCCACCUACUCCAACACAGCGAGCCUUUAAAUCACCUGGGAACAUCUGCCAAACCCUCAAAAUUACACUAAAUAUGUGAUGGAAAAUUGCUACCUUAGCUGGGGAGAGGCGGGGCGGGGGUCGGAGGGGCUUGGCGGGGCUCGGCGGGGCUGGAGAAGUCGGGGCGCCAAGGAUACCGUGGUGUGGUGUGGUGUGGUGUGGUGUGUGGUGGUUGUGGUGGUGCUGGUGUGGUGUGGUGGUGUGUGGUAGUAUCUGAUGGUGGUGUGGUGUGGUGGUGUAUCGUGGUGGUGGUGGUAGUGAUGUUGUGUGGUGUAGUAUGAUAUGGUGUGGUGGUGUGUUAACACUACACUCCAACAAGCUUAACUGCCCUGUGUGUGUGUGUGUGUGUGUGUGUGUGUAGCGCCGAUCACAGAUGAGUCACAAAGCUGUACAAUGAAUUAUUUCUUAUUUUUCGUCUAGUAUGCAAAAAAAAACAAGUGGUAAAUUCCCCAUUCCUCAGCACUGGAGAUCGCAAUUUUUGGUUCUAUCUGCUGAUCGUAAGCUCCGCCCACAAACUCGAUAACCUCUACCCACUGGCUUCACUUACUUUGAUGAGAGCGGAGCGGGGGACCAUCUCUUAAAAUUUCUUGGUUUCUUCCCUCCCUGAAUUCGGGACGGAGUGGGCCCGUGGGAAGCAGUGCGUGUUUGGUUUUUGUGGAGAAAACUUCUCUCCGCAGCUUCCUGCUUCUGCUUCAGCGGCCAGUGAGCAGCAGCGUUGCCAUGGUUAUUCACGGGAGUUAUUUCUCUGCUAUUGCCAGACGCCUCACCAUGCCCUUCCUCUCCAGACUCAGGUCGGCCAGCAAGGCAUCGACCGUUUAUAAUCUAUCGUCGGGGCUGCCAGACCCAGAGCUCUUCCCGUUCAAGGAGGCUUCUUUCGUUUUGCAAUCAGGGGAAGUACUGCCUUUAACUCAGCACCUCAUAGAGAAGGCCUUCCAGUACUCACCGACUAAUGGAAUCCCUGAGUUAGUGAAACACCUGACGGACUUCACUGCUAAGCUCUUCGCUCCGCCACACAUGUCUGAGAGAGGCCUGGCGAUCACGGCAGGCGGGCAGGCAGCUUUGCACGCCGUCUUGCAUACCUUUGUGGAUCCUGGCGAUUGUGUGUUUGUUCCAGAAACAACCUACUCCUCUUUCUUUUCUACACUCGAAACUACUGAAGGAAAGCCAGUGAUCGUUGGGAAGGACCGCUACGGCUUGAGGCCCGACCUGCUGAGGGAUACGCUGGAGAGAAGCAGUUCAGGGCGACGCAAGCUGCUGUACAUAAUACCAAACGCAGACAAUCCCACAGGCAGCACUUUGACCAAAGAGAGGCGACAGGAAAUCUAUGACAUUGCGUGCGUGUAUGACCUCCUUAUUGUAGAGGAUGACCCUUACUUCUUCCUGCAGUACGGUUCACAGACCCACCCGUCGUUCCUCAGCCUGGACACCGCAGGCCGAGUGCUGCGCAUCGACAGUUUCUCGAAGAUCUUGGGUCCCGGCCUGCGUCUUGGCUACAUCACCGCCGACAAACAUUUUACAGACAAAAUUUGCACAUUAAUUGCAGCAGUUACAAUCCACGCCUCCUCACUGUCCCAGGUGGUCGUGAGUGAGUUGCUAGACCGUUGUGGGUACGAGGGUUUCAUGAAGGUGACCCGGGACAUCAGUCUAAAGUACCUGGAGAAAAGGGACAUGGUGACGCAGGCAGCCUCGAAACACUUGUCUGGAUUGUGCGAGUGGGUGGAAACUGACGGCAUGUUCCUCUGGCUAAAGGUUCUGGGCCUCGAGGACGUGACGGAGAUGGUGAACCACACGUGCAGGGAAAGGAACUUGUUAGUAGUGCCGGGGAGCAUCUUCCAGCUGGACGCCACCCAACCCUCUCCCUACAUCAGAAUAAACUUUGCAAUGAUCACGCCUGAAAUAGCGGACAAGGCAUUUCAGAUUCUCUCCGACAUUAUACGAGAGGAACUGAGGAAGGAGGAGCUCGAGCGCUGACUGUCAUAUUUAUUCUUAUUAUUUUUCUUUUAGCAAACAUGGAAGUGAAUAAAACUUUGGAAGUCCUCACCUGUUAAUGACAAAACUCACUCACUGAAUUGAUGAGCUUACCUGUUAGAAAUCAGUAAACAAAUAAUAAAAAUAAAUAAAAAAA